CCGCCCUCCUCAAAGCUCCUCUUCGGCUCAGAGCAGCAGACACCACCGAGACCGACUCCGCAAUACAUCUGCAGAGUCAGAGACUCUGGGACGGGGAACCACGAGUGACCCGGUUGCUACUCGGUGUCUGGCAUUUCCGAGGCAGGAUGAGUUCGCGGAAUAUCCACCCAUCGCAGCCUCAAGUUCUUUGCACAGGUCUCGCUUUUGCAGCGCGCACAUUCGCGCUUGCGCAGUCUUCUAACAAGGGCGCCUUCCGUGUCCAGUUGCCAUAGAGACCGCAGUUUUCUCUCCCAGUUCUCUGAGAGCCCGGAGCUUCAGUUGGGGUUAGCCGUUUGUGUUCUUUGAGGUACUGAGGACUUUGGAAAUCUGAAAUGGCCAAAUUACUUCAGUCUCCAUCCAAGUUCCUUCCUGAGGAAUGGUAUAUUGCUAACAAAAGACAGUACCACAGGGCAGCUACCCAAAGGUCCCAGUCUGAACGACUGGUGUCAGAAAGCCAGAGGCUUGUGGAUGAAAUUGAGAAGUCCACCAGGAAGUCUCAGAGCGAUGUGAACAAGAAACUUGAGCAGAGACUUGAGGAAGUCAAGUUCUGGAAGAAGGAGUUAGAUGACAAACUUGAACAACUUAUGCACGAGACAGACGAUCUGCUCACAUACAAGAUUCGCCUGGAGAAAUCCUUGGAGAGCUUUAAGGAGCCCCUACACAUCACAGAGAGGUGCCUGGCCUACAGGGACAAGCGAAUGGGCAUCGAUUUCGUGCACGAUGUGGUGGAUCAGGAGCUGGUGAAGGAGGCCGAGAUCAUCCGUGGUGUCAUGGACCUGCUUAGGCGCACACUGGAGGAGACAACGGAGCAGAUCAGGCUCAACCGCUCUGCCAAGUACAGUUUGGAAAAGGAUUUGAAGGAUAAGUUCACGGCUCUAACUAUCGACGACAUCUGCUUCUCACUCAACAAUAAUUCACCAAAUAUCAAGUAUUCUGAGGAUGUUGUGAGAAUCGAGCCCAACUCAGUGAGUCUGGAGGACUGGCUGGACUUCUCCAAUGCCAACGUGGAGAAGGCAGACAAGCAGCGGAACAACUCUAUGAUGCUGAAAACCCUAGUGGACCGAAUCCUGUCCCAGACGGCCCAUGACCUGCGCAGACAGUGUGAUGUGGUAGACGCAGCAUUCGUAAAUGGGCUGAAGGAGACCAAGGAUGCCAGGAACAAGCUGGCUGAUUAUCUGGCUAAGAUUAUGAAAGAAAUCGCUUCCCAGGAGAAAAACAUUGAGGCUCUUGAAAAUGCUAUCUUGGACCAAGAAGGGCCCGCUAAAGUGGCGCACACACGUCUGGAGACCAGGACACACCGGCCUAAUGUAGAACUGUGUCGUGAUGUCGCUCAGUAUCGGCUGAUCAAGGAGAUUGAGGAGAUCAACCAUAAUGUUGCCAGGUUAAAGGAUAUCUUGGCCCAGGCUCAGACAGAGCUGAAGGCAUUGUACCGCAGGCAGCUGGCCCUGCAGGAGGAAAUCCAGGUUAAGGAGAACACCAUCUAUAUCGAUGAGGUGCUGUGUAUGACAAUGAGGCAGUCUAUACCCCCUCGAGAUGGUGAUGAACAUGGGGCCUGGGAGGGGGGCAUCAACGCUGAGGCCAUCUGCUAAUAGGAACCAUUCAUUAAAUCACAUCUUAAGACAGUUGUAGCUGUCCUGGACUCACUUUGUAGACCAGGGAAACCCUGUCUUGAAAGGGGGGAAAAAGACAACAGUAGUUCAGAACUCUCAUUCAGAUGGGCAGAACUUUGGGCAGCCUGCCAGAGACUCUUGGCAGAAUAGCUCAGGCCUGCUGUGGUCAGCGACUUGGGGAUAAGGUUCUGUUCUGCUGUAGCUAUUAAUGAGGUGGAUACUUCACAGUUCAAUGCAUAUUUCAGCGCCAGCCAUGGGGAUCUUACAGGACUUGGUGCCAGUGGAGGGAGCUGUUAUCCUACUUGUAUGCUUGGGCUGGGUUUUCUAUCCAAGGCAUGCCCCUCUUUCUCAUGGCAUGGGAUGCAAUCCAUUUACCCCAGGAAGCAUUAUGAAGACUACUGGCUUAGAUGACCCCUCCCACCUCGUGGCAGUUUAUCACAAGUCUAUGCAAGUGUCAUAGAAACAGAUGAAAGGGAAGGUAGCUUAAAGCUACCUUCUUCGAGUGAGUAGAAGAUAGGGUAGGGCCAAGACUCUCAGUUGUUUAGUUUAGUCUGGGGGUGGAGAGGAGUAAUGGUAAGCAGAAUUACUUGUGUCUGUGGUUGUAGGUCAGAGAGGAAAUGUCCCUAGCUCAAAGGCUAGGGGAAGGUUCUGAAAGCAGCAGUGGUCAUGUGUAUUUGCCGCAGUUUGCUGCAGUUUCUGAUUGACAGCCUGGUCUGGGGUGGGAAAGCAGGUUCCUGCCCAGCCUUCGUCCUUUAGCACCCCCAUGUGGCAGCAAGAAGUUUUACUCUCUUAUUUUUCCUUCCUGAAGGGAAAUCCAGUUUUGUGUUUGAUUCCAGACUAUUCAGUACUCACUGCAUGCUUUUAUUUCGUUACAUUUUUCAUUUUAAAUAUAAGUAGCAGUAAUGAAAAAUAAAAUUCGAAUGCAUGCUACAGAGUCAAAUUCAUGCUACAGAUUUGACUCACUUAGCAGUUAAGAGUAAAGAUGUCAGGGGCCAGGCAAGAUGGCUCAGGCCCAAACCUGAAGACCUGAGUUUGAUACCUGGGACCCACAUAGUGGGAGGAGAGAACUGACUCCUACAAGUUGUCUUCUGACGUCCACCCUUGCUCCAUGGCAUUCUUGUGCCCCCCAGCCCUUUCCCUCAAGCAAGUAGUGUGCAUGAUAUAAUUAACAAAAGACAUUUCAUUUUAGAGAAUAAGUUUUGGGAGGGAGAGGGUUAGGAAGAUAGUUCAGUGAGUAAAGUGUGAGUAGAAGAACCCGAAUUUGAAUCCCCAACACAUAUGUAAAAAAAUCUACACAUGUAAAAAUAUUAAAAGAAUUCAUUAUAAUGCCUUUAAUGGAGAUAAAAUGAAAAAGGGGAAAAAAUCUAUACGUGGCAGUGUUUGUCUAUCACGGAAGUUUGCCCAGUGCUAGAAGAUGGAGACAAGAUGAUUCUGGGGGCUCACUGGACAUCCAGUCUAGCCACAAAGCCAGUAAGCUCCAAAUACAGCAAAAGACUCUACCUUAAAAAAUAACAAGGUGAAUAGCAAUAAAGAACUCUGAUGUUGACCUAUGACCUCUGUAUGCCUGCAUGGGUUUUCUCUCUCUCUACCCACCCACUCCCUCAAAAUUUUUGGAUCUGGAGGUAUAUCUCAGUAGUGGAGUUCUUGUUUAACACAUGUAAAUUUUUUAAAUUCACACAUACACACAAACAUACAUGUAUGCAUAUAGACAUGUAAGUUCUGCAGUGAGGCAUCCCUGGGGGAAAUCUCCUGUGGUACCUAGCAUUACUGUAGAUGGAACGAGAUAGCCUGUGUAUAGGGAGGGCCCUGUGCUCAACCUGUCUCAGAAGGAAGCAAAUUCUCAGCAACUACGAGCCAUUUGGAACAUCACCCCUAUGUCACUGCAAUUCCAACUGUUCACAGAAAGUCUCAAUUUUUAUAAUUGUUUUCUUCCAGAUUGCAUGUUGCUCAUGUUUCACAUUGCUGGAUCAUUACUGCAAUGAUUAUAUACCUCUUAAAAGUUCUGAUUAAGCCACUUCCCACAUGCUUGCCAUUUCUCUUCCAGUGAGAGCUCUGCUUGUAGACAGAUUCUUGUACUGAGUCACAGUGGCUCAGGAUCAGGUCUGUGUGGUGGUCAGAAGAAGACAGGGGAACUGCUCACUCACUCACCUGUUAACUAGAAAGGGCUCUCCUCCUUCUCAGUGCCCUUCCUCGAAGUGACCUGCCUUUGAUCUCCAUGUUGACUUUGGUACCCCGAAACCUACUGGGCAGCAGUUGGUGAGCUCACAGCAGCAGCCAGAAAACCAGGACACAUGGACUCCAGUUGGGACUCUGCCAGGCAUGUCUGUCUCCCUUUUAGAGCCACCUGUAGAAUGAAAGAAUUGGAGUAGACAGCCUAGAGCCCUUCUCAUCUCUGGCACUCCUCAAUUCUGGUAUUAUGUGGCAUGAGACCAUCUCAGGAUAUGAACCCAACUCUUAGUAGUAGGAGUUGGGUGGUCGUUGGCCGUUCAUCCUUUGCUAUCAGAAAGUGGCCAUGCUGAGAUGGAAAAACCCUCUCCAGGCCCUAAUCUCUAUUUGUGCUCUGUGACCCAACCACUCAGGGCCUGAGCAUCACCCUCCAGAAUGCCUUCUCCCUGUGAACUGCCCCAGGGCCCAGUGGAAAGUCUGUGGGUACUCUGCUACUCUGACCAGGGAAGACAAAAAUAUUUUCUUUUCCAGCUUAGAGGGCAGACCUCAGAACUUCAGCUGACUCAACACAGGGAUGGGGUCUGACAACAACAUCCUAGGGAAUGGCUAGCAACAUUAUAGGAAAACCUUUCCUAAGCUGGGGAUUUGUUUAGUGCCAGGAUCUGCACUUAGACACAGCACAGAGCAGAUCCAUUAGUCGGCCUGUGGAAGACCCUGAAUAAGUUCACAGCUUCCUGAGCCUCAGUUUUCCCAUCUGUAAAGGGAGACUAAUAAAAUGCAGGCCAGUCCAAUAAAAAAGGUCACUCAAUGCAGUGUUGGACAGGCAUUGUGGGAAACAUUUCAGUUGUGGCAGAAAUAAUUUCUCAGUGUAUAAAUAUGAAAUCUAGGGACACUACAGUUUCAAGAAGGCAAAUUUGUUUUUGUUCACCUACUUGUUGGUACUAAUGUGGAAUGAGGACAUUUCACCAAGAAAUCUGUUCUACACCAUAUUACAGGGGGCAUCUGAAGUAGCCCAUGACUGUUAAAAUCUUUGUAGCUACAAAGUCAACCUGUUGCAGUCCUCUCUACCCACUUAAACCAGAAAUCCUUUCAAGAUAAAAUAAGCUUUCUUUUUGCCAGGUGCAGUGGGAUACUUCUUGUGAGGUAGAGGCAGGAAGUUCAGGAGUCCACAGGUAGUCCAAGCUAGCCUGGGAUACAUAGUGAGUCCAAGGCUAGCCUGAGUUACAUAGUGAGGCACUGUAGAAAUCAAACAAGAACAUUAUUCAUAGGUAAUAAAAAUGUUUUUAGAUGCUAUUCUUUAAAUCAGGUCUCAUUUAAACUUAAACUUUUGUUAAAUAGAACAAAAGUUUGUUUGUUCUAUUUAACAAAAGUUAAAUUGAACUUGACCAUAAUCAACAUGAAAGAAAGUAUUAAUGUUUCACCUUUCCAUGGUUCAGUUAACACAGGUGGAAGUGAAACAGGGUAGGAAGUGACUCUUUGGGAGGUAACAGGUUGAGCUGAAUCAUGAGGGCAGAGAUUUCUUGCAUGGCAUUAAUGACUUUCAAAGUGUCUGGAGAGCUGGCUGCUUCUUGCUGCCCAGUUUGGACAUCUGCUACG